AGUCCAGUCCAACCCAUGACAGACUCGGAGUCGCACGGGCCGGCGGGCUAGGGGCUAACUAGUUGACUGAACAUCGGUGGUAGGAACACACCAGGAACUGAAGACCAUUACCCUCUUCCAGCUGGUAAAACUGGACUACAUGACGUCACUGGGCUGAGGAGGACCACCAGCCGUUAGUCGGACUCGUUAACACGUCGCUAGCUAACCUAACGUUAACGGACAGCAGACGGACCGACGUCCCCGAGGACCGCCCGGUCCUUCAGCUCCAGCCAGCCGUCCUGUUCCGUGAGCCAGUCAGACGACCUACCGGGAGACCCUCAACGGAACCGAGAUAUGCAGUCGUCAGAGCAGCGCUAACAGGCCAGACUGGGGUUUAACACAACCAUGGAGUCCUCCUCGGAGUCCCAGCAGGAGCCUGAGAAAACUUUGCACCAUGCAGAGUUGAGAGAGCACCAUGCCACCUCCGCUGCUGUAGUGUGCGGGGAUGACACCGUCCUUCUGACCCCAGGCAGGAUGAGCCAGCGCCAGGUGAAGGAGCGGGACAAGGACAAGGACAAGGACAAGGACAAGGAGAAGGAGAAGGAGGCAGGCCUCCAAACGCCCAGCAGGGAGCACGUUGCUACCCCCUCCACCCUCAGCCCGGGGGUCAGCUACACACACGGUUUCGAGAGAGGGAAGGAGGACCUCUUGCCUCUGCCUUUAAAAGAGGACUCACAUUCCAUAUCUAAGAGCAAGUCUGAAACAAAGCUGUACAAUGGCUCAGACAAGGAUGUGUCGACAUCCGGAGGAAAGCUCACCAAGAAAGAGUCCCUCAAGGUGCAGAAGAAAAACUACAGGGAAGAAAAGAAGAGGGCAACCAAGGAGCUUCUCAGCACCAUCACGGAUCCCUCUGUCAUCGUCAUGGCCGACUGGCUGAAGAUUCGUGGCACUCUGAAGAGCUGGACCAAGCUGUGGUGUGUUCUGAAACCAGGCGUCCUGCUCGUCUAUAAAACCCACAAAAACGGCCAGUGGGUGGGAACGGUGCUGCUCAACGCCUGCGAGCUCAUCGAGAGGCCCUCUAAGAAGGACGGCUUCUGCUUCAAGCUCUUCCACCCGCUGGAGCAGUCCAUCUGGGCCGUCAAGGGUCCUAAAGGAGAAGCCGUUGGCUCCAUCACUCAGCCAUUACCCAGCAGCCACCUCAUCUGCCGUGCUACCUCUGAGUCUGACGGCCGAUGUUGGAUGGACGCCUUGGAGCUGGCCCUGAAGUGCUCCAGCCUGCUGAAGAGGACCAUGAUCCGCGAGGGGAAGGAGGACAUGAGCACAGUAGUCACUGGCGGAGAACACUCCAUCAACUUCUACAGCCUGCUCAGGGCCCACAACAUCCAUGGUUUCCAGUUCAACGACAGUGACCAUUUGAAAGACCCAGACCUGUACUCAGACAAGUCAGACCGGGAGGGAGAACAGGACCACGAGGAGUCGGACCCAGAAGGCCUGGAGAAGAGUGAGGAGAGCGACAGCGACACGUCAGAGCGCCAAGACGACUCGUACCUGGACCUGGACCCUAAUGAACACCUGCGGGAAACCCCGUACCUGGAGCAGUCCCAUGAGGAACUUGGAGAGGCUGGCGAGGCUGCCCAGACAGAGACGGUAUCGGAGGAGAAUAAAUCUCUGAUCUGGACUCUGCUGAAGCAGGUGCGACCUGGCAUGGAUCUGUCCAAGGUGGUGCUGCCCACCUUCAUUCUGGAGCCCAGGUCCUUUCUGGACAAGCUCUCUGACUACUACUACCACGCAGACUUCCUGUCAGAGGCUGCAAUCGAGGAGAACGCUUACAACCGGAUGAAGAAGGUGGUGAAGUGGUACAUCUCUGGAUUUUACAAAAAGCCAAAGGGGUUGAAGAAGCCUUAUAACCCCAUUAUUGGAGAGACGUACCGCUGCAUGUGGCUCCACCAGAAGACCAACAGCAAGACCUUCUACAUCGCAGAGCAGGUAUCCCAUCAUCCUCCUGUGUCAGCCUUCUAUGUCAGCAAUAGGAAGGACGGAUUCUGCCUCAGUGGCAGCAUCCUCGCCAAGUCCAAGUUCUAUGGAAACUCCCUGUCGGCCAUAUUAGACGGGGAGGCUCGGCUCACUUUCCUCAACCGAGGAGAGGACUAUGUGAUGAACAUGCCCUACGCUCACUGUAAAGGCAUCCUGUACGGCACCAUGACCCUGGAGCUGGGUGGUCAGGUCACCCUCGCCUGUGAGAAAACGGGCUACAGUGCUCAGCUGGAGUUCAAACUGAAGCAACAGCCAUUCCUGGGCAGCAGUGACAAUGUCAACCAGGUCUGCGGAAAGAUCAAGCUGGGAAAGGAGGUGCUAGCUACACUAGAAGGACACUGGGACACUGAGAUCUUCAUCAAUGACAAGAAGACAGGGACCGUGGACACUUUCUGGAACCCGACGCCAGAGCUAAGGCAGAGUCGACUGACCCGCUACACCGUCCCUCCAGAGGAGCAGGGAGAGUCCGAAUCAGAAAGACUGUGGCAGCACGUGACCCGGGCCAUCAACAACAAGGACCAGAUCGAGGCCACCAAUGAGAAGUUCAUCUUGGAGGAAGCCCAGCGGAAGUCUGCCCGCGAACGGAAAGCCAAAUGUGAGGAGUGGAUCUCGGCCCUGUUCGAGCAGGACCCCGUCACCGGAGAGUGGCAUUACAGAUAUGCCGACACGCGGCCAUGGGAUCCGCUCAACGACUUGAUCCAGUUUGAGAAAGACGGCUGUAUCCAGACCAAGGUCCGACACCGCACCCCUAUGGUACGUUCUGGCAGUCUUAUUAGUCUGAGUAACCAGGGGCCGCGGAGGGACAAUUGCAAGUGCCAGGUGACGGUGCCAAAGAGGAAACACAAGAGCGACAAGCCCAAGAGCCCAGAGAGUGGCUGUUCUUCACCCGAACCCGACCGCCAAGACUCGUCUGGCAGCGAACGACACAAAAGCAAGCAUAGCAGUCGGCUGAGGAAGAAGGGAGCCGACCUCAGUGAACUUCAAAGUGCCAUUGACUCCAUCAAGAAGACCCAGGAGGACAUCAACAGGAGCAUCAGCGUGCUGCGGAGUCGUGCGGCAGGCCGCGUGGAGGGCGGCUCUUUCCUCCAACAGCGUGACUACGUCAUCAUUGUUUUCCUCAUCCUCCUUCAGGUCCUCAUCAACUAUGUCUUCAAGUAGCAGCCAUACCCCACACACACACACACACACACACACACACACACACACACACACACACACACACACACGUACUCACACACACACACACAUACACGCAUUAGGCGUCACAGUGGAGGACCUAAAGAAAGACGUGAACUUUGGCCUCUGAAAACAAGUGACCCCACCUGUCUUCUCCUCUGUCUUUACUAAAUCCAACGACACAUGUCCAGAAACGUGGAGACUUCCACUCAAAAAGAGACUUUUUUAACGUGUUUAUAUUUAAGCGGUCCAUUCCAAACUCUGGGGAGAUCCAUCGAUUUCAAAGUGAAGAGGAGCAGCGAUGAAGUGAAGCAGUUGGAGGUGAGAUGUUGGGGGGUGAAGUCUCCACUGCCACCCUGGAGCUUGCUGCUUUGCCUUGAUGUCCGAGGCAAAGACAGCAGCCGGUUUUAGCUGUUGUUGGUUUUCGUUUUUUUCCGUGAUUCACAUUUCACCUCAAACGACUGAGGACCUUUUAACCUGGAGACGAGUACCACAGCUCAGAUGGUAACAGAUUUAAAAAAAAAAGAAAGAAUAAUAAAUACAAAAAAACCUUUAAUUUCCAUGUUUUUUUAUCGUUUUGUUUCUUUCGUGCGUUGUCCUUUGUGAAUAUGGAUCUGCUGGGAACACAAAGCAGUGAAAAGGGAGAGAAAAACAAAGUGGUCCAAUCUAUGUGACUUUUAUUUUUUUAUUAUCACAUAUGUUGAUAGCGGCUGUGGACGAGGAAGACGAAUACCACGAGCGAUAAGGUGGAAAGGAACAGAAGCUAUCAUUGAUAUAUAUAGAUAUAAAUAGAACGUCACCUUUUGCUCAUCUUACAGCGUAGGUAGCACGUAGAGACGGAGGAGCGGGGGGGGACAUUAGCCCGAUGUACAGUAUUCUGUCUUCAGGCACAAAUGCACUGGAAACCUCACUUAUUUGGGUCAAUAUAGUUUUUUUUUAUCAUUUCAACUUGCACUCAAGUGAGCAUCAAAAUCCUUUUACAUCUCUGCUCUGAGGUGGUCUGAUUGGGGGACCGUUCCUGAGCUUCAGUGACCCCCGUCCUGGUUUCAGUAAAGGGAAGGGAUAGGUUUUAAUCAGGGAAGCUACGUGGGUCGGUCUAACAUCUGAAACGAGCUCGAGGAGAAGAUCAAUAACAUAUUGAAACAUAUUAUAACAUCUUAUAAGAUCAGAUUUCUUGUCUACACUUGCUUCAAGAAGGCUAAUAAAACAACAACUUUUCAUUUUUGCACUUUGGUUUUUGUAUGGAUUAAUAAUGAGAAACACGGUGUUAAUUCUGCUUAGAGUCACUAUGCUAAGCUAAGAGGCUGCUAGCUUUAGCUUUAUAUUUACCGGUAAGAGAGUGAGUAAAUGUAUUUCACACAGAAAAAUCUAAACCAUUCCUUUAAAAUGAGUUGUUUAAAUUUAGGAGUGCAAUGAUAUAGACAAAAUCUGAAAGACGUAAAGACCAGCUGAUGGACAGCCUGGUCUCGGAAUAGAAAACGCGACUCCAGACCAACAGGAGAGAAAACCCUUUCCGUUUCCAGUGCUUUUGUGCCUCCGAUAUUAACCAGGAAACUAGAAUAGACACUUCAGUAAGCUCCCAGUGGGACAUAGACUUUUCUAAUGACUACUAUCGCCACAGUAAACCAUUCCAGAUGUACGCCAGUACCAGCCAAACUCGCUGUGUAGAGUAGGAGUCGACCCGGUCACUGUGUCCACGCCCCGUAGCACCGAGGUUCCCCGUGCAGAUACCCCGCCCUCCGUGCACAAGCCAGUCUUUUCAACCUUGUGUGUCUUUUCUGUCCACUGCUCUGUAGAUACACAUGUACAUGGGCAUAAAAAGUACAGAUUAGUGGGGGUACACAAUUAAAUUCCCAUCACGCAUUUCUGCGAAUGCCCUCACGACGUCGCUGUUAUUCAGCAGUUGCAGGAUUAAAGAAGUCUUUGGACGAUUUGUGAGUAUACAUCGUGGUUCUUAUCUGGUGCCUUCCUCUUUGGAAACAUGGAUUUUAAAAAUAAAGAAGUCUGUAAUAAAGGGUGGACAUCAUACCCUGACAAUGUACUGACUAUGGCUAAAGUUAAGGGCUGCGUCUAGCUCUAAUACACAGGAAAACAAAUCUACAGUAUUUCAAAUACUGCCCAAAACUACUGCAUUGGUUUUCUGUGUCAACCAAGGAUGAAGGCAGCACAUCAGAAGCCAUCGAGCCUCAGGACUUUCUCCUGUCCAAGUUAACCGGGACAGCUCCAAACGAUCCAGUCCCCCUAGGGAGCAUGUCUGAAGCUAGUUCUUUGUAUCUCUCUCGGCCUGUCAUGAUGUCAGCCUUGUGGGCGUGUACAUAUGGGAUCGCCUCCGCCGUCAGCAGACUGUUGAACACAGGGUUAAAGAGAGACUGGUGGCAAUCCGGAUCCAGCUGUACCCCCGUAAGUUACCCGGCUGGCCCGUGUGUAUCAGUACGUGUUUUUUUGUGUAUCCUCAUUGCCUCGAUCGCUCAUCUUUAACAGAGUCCAUAUUUUAGAAUGUGGAGAAAUAAGUAUACACCAGUGCCUUCUAGAGUGGGACUGGGGACUGGGGAGUGGGGGGAUGGGGGGUUCGGCAGGGAGGUGGGGGGGUGGGGGUGGAGCAUACUAAGUCACCAUGUCUCAGACUGAGCUAAAACUGAUGGGAGUGAUCUGGAAUCAAAGCAUUGGUGGGUGGUGGAGGGUGGGGGGGGGGACGUGCCAUACGAAGCCUUAGAUAACGGGUCUGGCUCACCACCCUGCCCAGCUCCUGCCUCCCCCCCCCCUAAAGCGUCGCCAUAGUAACUCACCCGUAGGUUUUCCGGAUGCUGAGUCCUGCCACAGGGGAGAGAGAGAGGGGGGAGAGAGACGCCCCCCCCCCCCCCCCCCCUCUCUCUCUCUCACACACCAAAUUCAGAGGAAAUACAACAUCUCUGCUGUCUGGUGUUGCUCCAUCUGUAAAAUAAUCCAUUUUAUUUAUUCCUCUUUUGUAUGUUUUCAUUUUCGGCUGCUCGUAGCAUCAAAUCCCCGCUCUCUUUUGGCUUUUAACUUUUUUUUCAUGUUGAUUUUAACACUCCAAGUUGGUUUUAUCCCGCUCGUGUUAACGACGUCACACAUUAGCAACUGUCCUCAACUUGUGCACACUGUCAAUGUCAACUGCCCCCCCCCCCCUUUUUCCUAUCUGAGAACGUGAAUAUAUUUACUGUAUCCAUGGCAACUAUAACUUUCUGGAAGUUUAUGGUCACAUGUAACAACACAGAAUAAAAUCAAAUGACAU